UAAUGCUGUUUAAAACCGUUCAGUUACUUAAAUGUCCCAGUAAUGUUUCCUAAUGGACUACUGGAAGAAUAGCGUAAUUUGAGAUUUAGGUCUACAUUUUUUAUGAACGGGUUUCUACACUACCUCGCCUAACCACAGCGGGAUGGCGCAAUAGGGAGCGCAGGAAUGAUGAACGCUUCACGUGUUCACCGAGAUUUACUCUUUCGGUCGUUUUCGGCUCAUUCCGCUAUUCUCCGUCCCGCUUUCUCCAGCUCGCUCGUGCAGUCCUGUCCUGCUCCGUGCUUUGCUGGAAAAUGGCAGUUCGGCAAGUUGAAAAGAUUCGUGCGGAAUGAAAAGGAAAAAGAAAUCAACCCCGUACUCUGCUGAGGGCGUAGAUGGGAGUUGAACCCCCGAGUCCGGCCGAGUGUUGGGAUCGCACAUUUAUUCGCACGCGCGAAAGAAAACCGUCAACGCGUUUGCAGCGACUCGCCACGGAAUCAUCACGUUACACUGGGAGGAUCGCAUCUUAAGAGGGAAUGUUGAGCAACCUGCUAUAAGACGACACCGGCUGAUGAAGGACUUCAUUCUUUAUUUCUUUUCCGGAGCCUCAAUGAGCAUGCUGCAUUCCCUCUGUUCGAUCAUUUGGUUGAACCGCGGGUUCAAGUUGAGAAAAGUGGCCUGCUCGGCCAACACCGGUCAGGUCUAAACCGUUGCAGCCGCACAUGCCCGUAUACAAGCUCCGGUCAGAAGCGCUUAGCUUUUAACCAAACGUCCCACGGUACGACAUCAUUCGAACCCGCACAAAGUUUCAUCCCCAGUCCGACGCUCUUCUCCCUGGGGUGAUUGUUAGUGCGAACCCUGAAAAUGGCUGCCGAUGGCUUCCAGUACAGAUCUCUGUACUCCUACUCUAAGGACUGGGAGGAUGACAUUGACCUUGAGCCUGGUGAUAUCCUGACGGUCGACAAAGCAUCUCUGCUGUCACUCGGCAUCCAAGAGGGAGAGGAGGAUCGCCCAGAAUGCAUCGGCUGGAUCUUGGGCUUUAACGAGCGAACCAAACAGAGGGGAGACUUUCCAGGGACGUACGUGCAGUAUGUGGGACCUGUGAAAAUGUCAGUGCCGUCCUGCCAGCCUCGUUCUCAGAGACCGCUUCCUGCUGUUCCCAGACCUGAGCCAACAGCCUCCUCCUCGCAGGUUGCUCCAGUCCAGGACUUGACCAAACAGUUCACACACCCGGAAAGCGCUCCUCCUAAUCUUAUUAACUUGGUCGAAGCAAUUGAGCGGACAGGUCUGGACUCUAGGACACUAUACAGGACAUUCACUGCUUCAGCCUCUGACGGACAGAGUCUCGCUGAGCCGCAGGAGUUGGACGUGGGACAGUGGGACACACACGCCCUCUCGGAGGCGCUCAUUCGGUACCUGCAGGAACUUCCUGCCCCCAUCAUCCCUCCCUCUGUUUAUACAGACCUUCAGGCAGCAGUGCAGCUAGAAUCAGACGUCCCGUCGGCGAGGAGACGGGAGAAGCUGCUGCAGGUGCUGGAGAAGCCUGAGGUCCCGCUGCAGAACCUCCUGACGCUGCACUAUUUGCUCAGACACCUGGAGAAGGUCUGCCAGCGCGCCGAGCACAACGGCCUCAACAUUCACACCCUCGGCCAAGUGUUUGGUCCUCUGCUGAUCAGAGGCCCUGCGAGCGGGUCAGAGGAAGAUGAGGGCUUUCCUGCGGUUGCAGUUGAGAGACUUCUUUUGGAGAGAAUUUGGGAACAAGAGCCGACUCCUCCCGCUCUCCCUCCUAAACCGCCCAAAGCCAAAGCCAUGGCCUCAUCUGUGACCAACGGAAACAACAGCUUACUGAGCGAAGCUGAAUGGUACUGGGGAGACAUUUCAAGAGAGGAGGUGAAUGAGAAGAUGAGAGACACUCCUGAUGGCACGUUCCUGGUGCGGGACGCGUCAAGCAAAGUUCAGGGAGAGUAUACCUUGACCCUCAGGAAAGGAGGCAAUAACAAACUGAUCAAGAUUUUUCACCGCGGGGGGAAGUAUGGUUUCUCAGAGCCUCUUACUUUCCUCUCUGUGGUGGAGCUCAUCAACCACUACCGGCAUGAGUCACUGGCCCAGUACAACGCCAAGCUGGACACUCGCCUGCUCUUCCCCGUCUCUAAAUAUCAGCAGGAUCAGGUGGUGAAAGAGGACAGCAUCGAGGCGGUCGGAGAGCAGCUGAAGGUUUAUCACGAGCAGUAUCAAGAGAAGAGUCGUGAAUAUGAUGUACUGUAUGAAGAAUACACGCGCACAUCACAGGAGCUCCAGAUGAAACGAACAGCCAUAGAGGCCUUCAACGAGACCAUCAAGAUCUUUGAGGAGCAGUGCGAGACCCAGGAGCGCCUCAGCAGAGAAAGCAUUGAGAAAUUUCGCAGAGAAGGCAACGACAAGGAGAUUGAGAGAAUUCAGAGCAACUCUGAGAAGCUGAAAUCCAGAGUGACAGAGAUUCAUGACAGCAAGAGUAAGUUGGAACUGGACUUGAAGCGACAAGCUACAGACAAUCGAGAGAUAGACAAGAGGAUGAACAGCUUGAAACCAGACCUCAUACAGCUGAGGAAGCUACGGGACCAAUACCUUGUAUGGUUGACUCAGAAAGGUACCAAACAAAGGAAGAUCAACGACUGGCUCGGUAUAAAGAACGAAUCAGAAGACUUCUAUUCUCUGUUGGAUGACGAUGACGAUCAAGCACAUCACGACGAGUGCUCCUGGUACGUUGGGGAUAUCAAGCGCACACAUGCCGAGGAUCUCCUGAGAGGAAAACGAGACGGCACCUUCCUCAUCAGAGAGAGCCAGACCCAGAAGGGCUCCUUCGCCUGCUCUGUAGUCGUGGAUGGAGAGAUCAAACAUUGUGUGGUUUACAAGACGGCCACUGGUUUUGGAUUUGCUGAGCCCUACAACCUUUACGGUUCCUUGAAAGACUUGGUCCUGCACUACAAACACACCUCUCUGGUCCAGCACAACGACUCACUGAAUGUAACCCUGGCCUACCCGGUCCUCGCACAGCAGCCUAGAUGAGCACCGCGACACGAGACGGCCCAGGACACGCAUAUAAAGCAUGAUUAAGCACAUUAUACGGAGCAAACUAUACUAACACCCAACUUUUAUGUUUAUCGUAGAGAACAGAUAAGCACAGUAUAUUGCCAUAAGUAAACGUACGGCUUUUUUUGUAAGCCCAUAGUUUUCCGUAUCGAUCAAAGUCAGCUGCAGUAAUUAUGGUGAGAUCACAGCUACUCUGUAUUUGUCGUCCCAACGCAAAAGGGGAAAAGUGAGGAGAGGAUAGUGUCACAUGAUUGGGGUCGUAGUCCUGGAUAUUUUCAUUGAGGACACGGGAUGAGGAAUUAAACGAAAAUUGCAGCUGUCGAUAGUAAAUCUUUUAGCUGUUAUGUCACUGUGUAUUUGUUUGGUAGCUCGCUUCUGCCAACCAUAUAGAUUCCUCUUUAUGUGAGUUGUCCUAUAGAAGAUGUGAAACAAGCCUUUAUAUAUAUAUAUAUAUAUAUAUAUAUAUAUAUAUAUAUAUAUAUAUAUAUAUAUAUAUAUAUAUAUAUAUAUAUAUAUAUAUAUAUAUAUAUAUUAAAUCAGGUGUGGUCAAGGGACACUGAAGUCCUUUUAGCUUCUAUUCUGCCUCUUUAAAGCUAGUCGUCAUGGUCAGAAUAAAUAGCCAUCAACAUUUGUGUGCUUUUCUUUGAGAUGUUACACUCAGAGUUGAAAGUCUGGCAUCUUAAUGGUUUCUGUGGGCUGGUAUUGGUGCUUCCUGGUGCUUUAUUUUUGACUCUUGUAAUGUGAGAAUGAUGCAUAGCUAUAGGGAACUGUUAAGAUCCAGAGCAGAACAAAGGUGAUCCCAAAGCAACAGGCACAGGAGCUUCCACUCCCUUAGAAAGGUUUAAAGAGGCAAAGCAGGUUUAUUCAGUGGGCACAAGCAAAAAUGGAACGGAAACCCCUUUGCGAUAUAAACCAGGAUAUGAUUAUAGAUUUUUGAGGAGAUUAUCAGGUGGAACGUGUUAUGUUUGUAAUAGGAAAGGAGUCAUAUGUUUGUUGGGCAUUUUGUAACUGUACACCCCGUAGUGUUUCAUCCUGCGACCUCAGCUUUGCUGUGACCCAUAUAGUCAGAUGAUACACUGUUAUGUACAUCAUACAGUCAGCUGGAUGAAGCAGAACAACAUAUUUUUAAUGAGUGAUCAAAUGCUUUUUAUCAAACAAGAAUCAGAUGUCAAUUUUAUGUUUGCUGACUAAGAAACUGUACUUAAAUGAGACAUGCUUGGAGAGGAAGUGGUGUAAAAGUGCCUUCUGCCCAUGUUUUUUCUUGAGGAGCUUUCCUAUGAUUGGGGCAGUACAGAAUGCUUCACUUCCUAUAUAUAUAUAUAUAUAUAUAUAUAUAUAUAUAUAUAUAUAUAUAUAUAUACUCCUUGAGCCCUACAACCAAGUUAAGCAAGUGCUAAAGUAUAUCAAAUGCUUUCACAGCACAACUAACCAAAUGAGAAAUUAAAAAAAAAAAAGAGGUUCAUCUUAUUAAACGCAUUCUGUUACAUCUUGUCAAAUAAAAAAUGCUUUCUUAUUACAGGUCUAUUAUAAGCAUCAGGAUAAAUAAGAGAGACCGUAUGAUAAAUGAAAGGACCUCUUAUUUGUAGUGUUUAACAUUUACUUUUAAGCUUUUAGUGAGGUUUGGUCUUAACCAGUAUGCACUUUCAUGGAUGUCAUUUCAUUUGAGGUACCUUUUUAACAGCGGAAGUAAUUUCAUUCAUUUUAACGAGGUUGUUUGGGCCUGUUUACACCAAGACGGACAUUCAGUGAGAUGAGCAUUUGAAUUUGAUUAAACCGCUGACUAAAAUUUCAUUAUUUACCGUCUUUCAUGUUGUUUCCAAAUACGUAUGAACUUCUUUAUUCUGUUGAACGCAAAAGAUUUAGAAAAAUGUUUAAAACAAACAUCUGCUGGAAGUCGUUGAAUUUUGAAGUCGAUGACUACCAUUAGCUGUUUUAGUUACUGACAUUUCUUUAAAUAUUAUCUUUUACGUUCAACAGAAGAAAGAAAGUCUUACUCUUAAGAUUAUUGGCUAAAAUAUCUCAUCUGUCACACUGUGAAUAAAGCUGGCCAACCAAUAAGAUUCAGGCUUUUUAGUCAUGUGCCCAGAGCCACUGCUGUUACAUAAAACUGAUUUGGUGGCACUUGGACAAAAGAGCAUCAGGUUUUUCUUGUUUUUGAUUUUACUUUUUUAAAAUGCCACCUACUGUCAUGAAGAGAAAUUGCAUUUUCAUUUAGCCCUUUUCCCUCAUUGGUCUAAAUAGACAAAUUGAAUGCAAAAAUGAAACAGCAUUUUUGUUCCAAUCAAAAAAUUCAUCUUGGUAUAAACGAGCUUUUUUUUUAUUAAAGCUACAUUUUAACUGAAAUGAUUGUUUUUCCUCUAGAAAGCUAGUCAAUUUAAAAAGCAAGUUGGAAUUAAAACUUAAUCAAAACCUAGGAACUUUUAAACCCGAAUCCUUUGCUUUCGACGUCCUCCUUUUAGUUUGAUCCAUUUUCAUUUAUAAAUCUGCCACAGACAUUAACAUGAGGCAGGUUUUUGUUUCGUAAGCUUGCUGGUCGGUAUACUCCGGUUUGUUUUGUCAUUUCAAUAGAAUGAAGUUGUUUUACUAUGAUGGUGUGGAGUGGAGCGAGAACAGAGACACUGGUUAUGAUUCCUUGAAUGUUCUGACCGACUGAAGUCGGGUCAUUGAGAGCACAGAGAAUGAGCCAGAUGUGACGAGUUUGUGUGAGAUAAAGCAGUGGAGUAAAGGCCUCUAAAUGCACUAUACAAGCACAUCAUGAGGUGGUUAUGAGUGACAAUUAAUGAAGCUUGACAGCCUUUAUGAGCAACCGAAAUAGGUUUAGGUACACGUUUUAGUUACAGGCCUGUAGUGUCAGUGUGUUAUGAUCGUGCUGAAGUGGGUCUGUUCUUUUUGAUGUUUUUUCUUUUACUUCUUUUUAAAGAGAGACUAAUUGUAUGUCAAUGUUUUUUUUGUUUUUGUUUUUUUUCCUCAUUGUAAGUAAUGACCUUACAGAUUCAAAGAUAAGCUAGCUUGAAUAUCUCUCUUCCAUUCAGUACAGUUACAAAUGUUUACAGUAUCUAAUUAACCAAAUAGAAGAUGUAUUUUCAGACGUGCUCUGUCUGGUCCUGAAAGGAAUCUGUUAGACGGGGUUUCUUGUCUUUUUUUUUUUUUUUUUUUUUGUGCCUCUGUUGUUUUAAACUUGAAGAUUUUGUUCUUUGUUCACUUUAAACAGUGCUCCCUCACCUCGCAUCGUAUUUUCUUCUGAAUAAAAAGGAAGUUUAAUAUGGUCUUUUAGGUUGCCGCUGUGACCCAGAGCAGAUUUGCCGGCAUAUAGUGUAUUAUUUUCUUUUUUUCUUUUUCAAGUUACAUAAAACAAUAAAAGCCCAAAAGGAAAGGUUAUAAUAAUUAUAGACUGAAUUCUAACUUCUUUCUAUAGUCUUAGUCAAGAGCAAAAACUAAAUUUAGCAGUUCUUUUUUUCCUUUUCAUAGUUCUACAAAACUAUAUACACUGAAAAGUAAGAUACAGCAGGGCCAAAUGUUUAAUAGACUUGUGUUUUAACUUAGUAUAUGAAAUACAUUUUCAUACAUGGUGGUUAUGACAUAAUAAAAGCUUAAUUUAUGUCUCAAUUCUGAAUUUUUGUAGCACUUUUUUUCCAGAAAUGCGAGAUAAAAAGUCUUGUGACUGAGAUGCAUACAUUUUUUUUAGUUACCUUAUUGGAGAAGCUAAAAACAUUUUCAAUUUGAGAUAUAAUUCACAAUUGCAAGAUGUGAAAUGUUAGGUUUUUUUACCCUCAGAAUUGUGGGAUACAGAUGUUUGUCGGUACACGAUCCGGGAUGCCUGCACAAUCCGUCCGCACACUGCACACAGUGACGUAGUAUUAAAAAAAAGCAAUGCUCAAAGAUAAUUCAGUUUUGUGACACUGCACAGUCUGUUCCACGCUUGUGAACCUUUGUACCGCUGUGUUCGAAAUGCCAUACUUGCUUCCUGCCUGCUACCCAGUGCAUACUGCAUACUAUUUUUUCUACGAUAAGCAACAAAUGUUUCAGAGUAGUAUGCUUAAUUGCCACAUAACAAACAAACAUUAAUUCAGCACAACUGUCAAGGUCUGAACAUUUACAUUUUUGCAGUUACGCUAAUCGGAAAAACUGAUAUAUUCUGGUUACAAUAAAUAUGCAAAUAACGAUACAUUCUGUUUACACUAAAAUAGCAGCUUUUUCUUUAGCAAUAGACGUGUAAAGAGUAUUUCAGUGCUGUAGUACAUUACAAAACAAUAUGCAAUAAUAUUGAUUAGACAUGCCAAAUUUAUUGAGAAAAACCUACAGCUAAGCACAUUUAAUAACACUGCAUUAUUAAUUAUUAUUGUAAUAAGGUACUUUAUUUUCUAAAGUUUUUAUUAAAAAUAAAUGACUUUCUGAUCUGGUAUGACAAAAGUGGUUGGCAAGUGCGCAAACGCAUGCAUAGUGUAAGCUACAUUUUAAAAACAUCAAAAUAGACCCGCUGUGAUCUGUUGAAUGAAAAACACAAUGUAGCCUAAAAAAAAAAAAUAAGCCGGCAGUUGUGCAGCCUGGAAGCGUAAUGUUUUCUACUACGUAAUUACGUGUAUGCGCUGAACGGAUUGUGCAGGUGGAGCUCUCACAAUGUUUUUUUCCUUAGAAUUGUUACAUAAAAAUAUUUUUCUUUUUUUGUAUUUUUGUCCCAGAGUGGAAAAAGCUUUCUAUACAUAGCCACUAAUUAUCUUUUACCUCUUUAAACUAAAUAAUACCUUUCUGUUUUGUUUCCCCUGAGCGCUUGAAGUAGUCUGUUGAAGAUAACGCACACCAAAGUGCCAUUAGACAUGGAGGACGGGGAGCACUGUUUGUUACCCAGUACGUUUCUACUGGAUAUGUGUGUGUGUGUGUGUGUGCACAAACUUUAUGUACAUACUUUUAUUUCCUUUUACUACUUCUGUUCUCUCCAAUCUGUUUUUGGGUGCAGAUUUUUCAGUGUACAGUUUGCAUCAGUGUUGUUUGUCUCUCAAACAGGUACACAAGCAUUACAGAGAUAUGGCUCUUUAAUAGGUAGAUGGAAUUAUUUUUAAGACAAUAAAAAGAUAUUGAGUCUAUUGCA